AUGGAUAAAAGUAGAGGUGAAUAUGCCCGCCUAAUAAAAUUGCUGAUGAUUGGAGAUGCAGGUGUAGGGAAAACAAGCAUUCUAUACCGCUUUUCUGAGGAUAUUUUCCGACCUCCUAGUCUUGCCACGCUUGGGAUUGAUUUAAUAAAAAAAGAAAUUACCAUAGAAGGAGAAAAUAUAAAACUCCUAAUCCAGGAUACUCCUGGUCAAGAGCGUUUUAGAUCAAUAACUCAAAGUUAUUACAAAGGGGCAAUAGGUGCAAUACUCGUUUAUGAUUGCACUGAUAAAAAAUCCUUUAACAGCAUUCUUAAUUGGGCUGAUCAAAUAAAAAAUCUAGGUAAUGAAAUUACCGAAAUGACUCUUAUUGGAAAUAAAUGAGAUAGACCAGAUAAAAAAAUUACAACUGAUGAAGGAAAAGCCUGUAAGUCCCCUUCACUUGAGGUUCAGCUAAAUUAACAGCUCUGAACAGCGGUAGGUGAACCAGCCUAACCGUCGAACUGUUAAAGUUAUUAAGCCCUUUAAGACUUCUCUAGUCAGUGCCAGCCUCAGCACCGACCCUUCUCUUCAAGCCGAGACUCUCAAGAAGCUUGACUACUCUCACUAAGCUCAGUUUAUAGGCCCAUCUUGUUUGUGGCAGGAGCUAGGACCCAUCCCUAACUGACAUUUUUAAUAUUGCGAUAUAAUUGUAACAUUUUGAUGGCCGAAACUUUUCCUCGUAAGAAAUUAGCUCACUCCGCCUCCUGGAGAGUCAUGAAAAACCAUCAAGGUUAGAUCAAAUGUCUUACAAAGAAAAAAAUUCGACCGAAAUUCUCCGAGGAGAUUCCACAUGAGGAGCAUACUGAUUGAAUGGCUCUUAGCCAAUCUAAUUGCUUAUCUGUAUGAGAAUUAGUAGCUGAAAGUUUUUAAGUAUAGUAAUUAAGCUGAAAAAGGAAAAGCCUUACUCCCCCUUCCGUGAGCUAACAAACAUUUUUUAUGAAGAAAAAUUUGAUAUAUAACUGAUAAUUACUAUAAUGAAAUCUCUAGCUAAUUCUGUUUCAUUUUAAACUACUUGCAUUUUAAAAAAUAAAUUUUACAAAUUAAAUUAAUAUUUGCUUUCCAACUUGAAUUUUUUUAAAUUUGAAAAAAAUUAACCUCCCAAAGGCCAAAAAAAAAAUUUUGUUUGUCACGGAGGGAGGUUAGCAAGAGAGCUUGGAAUUAGUUUUUUGGAAGCCAGUGCUAAGAAAAAUAUUAAUGUUGAUAAAAUAUUUUAUGAUAUAGCCAAAGCUAUCAAAAAUAAAAGAUUAAACAAAUCUAAAGCUGUCAAUGCUAAAGCUAUGAAAAAUGAUCCUAAUACCAAUAAUUGCUGUUUUAACUCUUGUAAUUUGUUUUAA